UUUUUCUUUUUUUGUUUCUUCUUAAAUCAAAGGAAUCUCAUCUGCAUGUGGACUGUACACAAUGGACCAUCUAGAUCCGUACUGGUCUCCACUUCCUCCCGAACUCAACUCCUCCGGAGCCACUGGCUUAGGCUUCUCCCCUUACCCUCGUCUCCUAAACAUCUCCUCUAACAUGUCCACGCAGAGUGUACCCUUUCAGGGCAGCAGCACCCUGGUGACUGCCAUAAUCUCUUUCACGGUCUUUUUGUUGGGUCUGGCCGGCAACACGCUGGCCAUUUACGUGGUGCUGCGUUACGCUAAGAUGAAGACUGUCACCAACAUCUACAUCCUGAACCUGGCUGUGGCCGAUGAGCUCUAUAUCAUCGGGCUCCCCUUCCUUACCACUCAAAACGUGCUCUCCUACUGGCCCUUUGGAGCCUUCCUCUGCCGUGUGGUAAUGACGGCAGACUCCAUGAACCAGUUCACAUCCAUCUUCUGUCUCACGGUCAUGUCCAUGGAUCGUUACCUGGCUGUGGUCCAUCCGAUCCGCAGCACGAAAUGGAGACACCCUCGGGUGGCCAAGGUGGUGAGCGCCGCGGUGUGGGCUGUGUCCUUUGUUGUGGUCCUGCCAGUGGUCAUCUUCUCUGAUGUGCAGGACAAAUUUAACUCGUGUAACAUGAUCUGGCCAGAGCCAAAGGAUGUGUGGUCUACAGCCUUCAUCAUAUACACUGCCACAGUCGGUUUCUUCGGACCGCUGCUCAUUAUUUGCCUCUGUUACCUUCUUAUUGUUAUUAAGGUGAAGUCCUCUGGCGCCAGGGUGGGUUUCAUUAACCGCCGUCGUUCAGAGCGAAAGGUGACACGGAUGGUGGUCGUCAUCGUGGUGGUCUUUGUGCUCUGCUGGCUGCCGUUCUUCAUCAUCAACAUGGUUAACCUGGUGGUCAUCAUCCCUGAGUCCAGUGUCACGGCUGGGAUCUACUUCUUUGCUGUUAUCCUGUCCUACGUCAACUCCUGUGCCAACCCGCUUCUCUAUGGCUUUUUGUCGGAUAACUUCAAACAAAGCUUCAGAAAGGUGCUCUGUCUUAAGGGUAUGAGGUGUGCUGCCAAUGGUGUGGAUGAUGGGGAUCCCAGUGCACCACGCACUGAGAAAACUACAGCGCAGGACUGCAUCCUACGCUCCCCUCGUAAUGAGGUGUACCACGACCCACAGAGCAGCCAGAUCUCCCCCCACCCCACUGACUCUCAUGGCCCCCACACUGCUGCCGAUCUGAACCGCUCCACCCCUAAACAUCAGCUUUCCUCCACGUUCCCAGGAACAGCCACGACAACCAUAACCUCCAAAAUAACUUCUGAGACAAAUGCGCCUGAACCUCCCAUCACGGCUCUGACCGCCGCCUCCUCCUCAGCCUCCAGUGCCCCACAGGAACAGCAGUGAAUGGAUUCUGCAUCUCAAAAUACAUUUGUAGAAGACAAACAGACAGAAACUCUUGAAGCAUUUUGUUUACCAAGCCUAACUCUCCAUCAAGAAUCCCCUGGACAUAAGUGCCUUUUCAUCACCUCGCAGCAAUCAUCUCAGCUCCUCAAGGAAGGCAGAAAACAUUAACACGAUCGUUUUUUGCGUUGUGUAAUGGGCUCUUUGGGCAUGUAACCAUGUCUACGCUUGCUAGAACCAUAUGCCUUUACAUUCAUAAAAUACACCCCAUACAUUUUAUUUCACUUAUAGUAUGGGUUACAUUUGCACUUAAUUGAAUCCUUAUUUAUUUCAUGCACACACUGAUUUCUAAUUAUCUAAUAUACAGUUGUGUUUGGAUUUAACCUGCAUUCAUCAUGGGCUUUCAUGUCGUAUUCAGCUUGAGCUUUAAAUCAUGCAUUUUAACCUGACUUUUUCCAGGGAGGAUGAUGACCCAACAUACAACUUCGAUAAAUUUUAAAAAUCCUAGCAAGUGUUAGAUUUUUUUCUAAUCUUCUGCACAAGGUUAAAAUAGAUGCAGGUUUAGAUUUAGACAUACACCCCCAUUUAUAUUUACAUAAAUGUCCCUAAAUUGUACCUCAACCCAACACUUUCUGUAGCCACGAAUUUGGUCCUGGUAUAAUUUUGCCUGAUUAGUUGAUCACUUUUUUUGUUAAGAUAUUCAAGGACAACCCAAGAAUCACUCAAAUUUAAGCUAAUCAUUGAUUGGAAACUGCUGAAGCACCAGUUUCAAUGACCAAAAAUAAAGCAAGGUCAACAUAUAUAUGGCCUGAUAUGCUGCUGACUCUGAAAUAACGAUAUGCACAAAUAUCUACACCUACUGGCUUGACUAAAAUUUGCACCAACCCCCCAUAUACAAUAUGAGAGAAUACUAGAUUUAUGAACAGAACAGACCACAAUGACAAGGAGAAUGUUUGGACGGAUCAAUGUGAAGCAUUUUUAUCUUUGAACACCAUAACAAUUACACAAAUGUACCAAUCCAAAAACCUUCAAGGCUCAAAUUGUGCUGAACUGUGUUUAGUGUGUACUUGACGUCCGUGCAAGUACACACUAAACACUCACCAGUUUUUUCUGUGAAAGGUGCUCAAAUAUGGCGUCACCUAACGGUGCCUGACGAGGGGAACACAGACUGCAGGAUUUUUCAGACCAACUAAAGCCAACAGAAAAUAUAACGGUUGCAAGGUUCACAACUAUUUUUGAUAUUCCGCCCCCUUUUAGUCACCUCUGACAAGAUUUCCUGUGCUGUAGUACUUUUCACUGGCUGUUGGCAACACAUUUGCAUUUGGGUCAGUAAUUCGUUCACACUUUCUAAAUCAGCUGCAAAAAUUCAGAGAUGCUUGAAUGUGACUGAGGUCGAAUUGGGUCUGGUUCCCUCACACAGUUGCACACGUUGUGACUUUACCCUUCACACAUUAGCUGAUGUUUUUGCCAACCUGCCAUGCUGACUAUGCCCUACAGACUGGUACAGACUAUGCCCAUGUUGGAAUUGUAGGUAAAAUUCAGUAGGAAAAAAAAUGCUGUUGCAUGUAUAUAAGUUGAGAUUGUUUUACUGUGGCUCUGAAAAGUUCACACACCCAUAUUUCAAUUCCAUGUUUUUAAGAUCAAGCCUGGAUUAUUUAAUCUUUAAUGCGGCAUAUAUCACCAGUGCUGAUGGUUUUUGAAUGGGAGAAGAUUCCUGCCCAGCCUCACCUGCUGCUGUUGGUCAUUCUGGAAGCUGAUGAUCGACUAGCAGGUGGAGACUGAUGCUGUGAGCUGGGUGAGCUUCUCCUGGAGGAUGUCUAGGUUGAUGGUACUGAAGGUCGAGCUGAACUACACAAACAGGAUCCUGGUGCACAUGAGUGGAUAGUCAAAAUUCACAGUAAAUUCAAACUUGUGUGCCCAAUUUUUGUUUUAAAAAAGCAACAAACUUGUAUCUUGCAUAAUCUGUGCACCCUUGGAAAAGAAUACUUUAAAUAGUUCACAAAAAAACGAAUAAAUAUAAUGUUCAUACCCACAAUGAGUGAAUGUAAACUUCUGACCAGGAAUGUAGGUAGAUUUUGAUGGAUUAAUAUGUAAUUUCUGUGUAGUCUAAUACUGUAUAUUAGGUGUGUGUUUUUUAAAAUCUGGCUUGUUGCCAUUUCUUACAGUAAAUGUAACUGCUUGGCAGCUCAGUAAAUGCUCAGCCAGCACUGAACACGAAACUUCUGACCUCUUUCUGCUUUUACUGUUUUUUGUGAGCGAAAGUGUAUUUGUGGUUGUUUCGCUUAUAUACAGUAUAUAUGUAUUUCUUUUGUAAAAGAUGUGAUGUUUCUAAAUCCACAGUUUCUGAUAACACAUGUGUUAUAGUGGAUUUUAGCUUAGAAUCAUUAGCACUAAAAGCUAGAUGUGGUAUUUGGAUCUGUGGCUAAGCACCUUAAGUCUUUACGACCAAAUUUCCACCUAAGCUUUUAGCCAAAUAAGUCUUGAUAUGUAACUUGGACACCGUGCAAAACAAAAACAACUUCACUGCCAUUAAAUAUACUCUAUAACUGACUUGUACAGUUACAGUUUAAAUUAGUUUUAACCUCAGUAGCAUUGCAUUUGGAGGCUUUUUGAAGUAUUUACUAGCAGAAAAUCUAAGCGUAAAAAAUUAUUUUUGUGGUAAAUUUUGCUAGCAGUAUUGUCAUAUUGUUUAUGUGUUUUGUCUUUUCCUGUAAUCAUAUCCAACAAUCAUUUAUUGUGUAAAUAAAUGGUAAUAAUUUAGAAGUGCAUAUGAUGAAGACAGACAGUUUUUAUUGUAUAAGCACAUUAAAAUGUGUAAAAGUAGAAAACCUGAUGGAUUGUUGUGCCUUUUAUGUCUUGGAAGAAGUACUUUUUUUAUCUGUACACAGAAGCUGAUUGGUUGAACAUGAUCAAGAGGAGUAAACGAUUAAAGGAAAACAGGAGGUGGUGGGAAACUUGAUCAAGGUUGUUCAUCAUAAAGGCUUUUACACGCAAAUGUCUUGAAUACUUGGUAUUCAUUGUUGUGAAGAUGUACCGGUGCUCUGAAUGUCCUUGAAAUAAAAUGUUCUCAAAGUCUG